AUGGCUACGACCGACGGCUUCGGCUCCCAGAGGGUCCGCAGGCUUUCCAGCAUUGAUGCGACUCGGGCCGACCUGUACGGCGGACCUAACGUCGUCGUGCCCCCGAAGCAUCUGAUGGCCUCCAGCGAAGCCCAUGACACGGCCAUGGAGAUGGCAAUGGCCAAGCAGCACCUGGAUGAAGAGGUUUCCUCGGAAGAAGAGUCUCCUCGUGUCGCUUCACCUGUCGCCAAGACAAUCCGUAAGCUCACGACAGCGGAUGAGUUCGCUCUGGCCUUUGACAUCGAUGGCGUCCUCAUCAGAGGAGGUCAAGCUAUCCCUGAGGCUGUCGAUGCGUUAAAGUAUAUCAACGGUCAGAAUCCGUAUGGUGUCAAGAUUCCCUACAUUUUCGUAACGAAUGGUGGAGGCAAGACCGAAGAGGAACGGUGUCUGGACCUCAGCCGGCAGCUCGAAUUGGAGGUCUCGCCCGGUCAAUUCAUCUGCGGACACACUCCCAUGCGGGAGAUGGCCGAGAAAUACCACACAGUCCUCGUGAUCGGCGGCGAGGGGGAGAAGUGCCGGAUCGUAGCCGAAGGUUACGGCUUCAAGGACGUCAUCACGCCAGGCGACAUCAUCAAGACACGACACGACACGACACCAUUCCGGAAACUGACCGAAGAAGAGUACAAUAACUCACGCGUCCGCGAAUUCAGCAAGACGCCCAUCGAGGCCAUCUUCGUCUUCGCCGACAGCCGGGACUGGGCCGGCGACCAGCAGAUCAUCCUCGAUGUCCUCAUGUCGAAGAACGGAUACCUAGGCACCCGCUCGGAGACAUUCGACGAGGGUCCCCCGAUCUUCUUCUCCCACAACGACGUCGUCUGGUCCACCUCCCACGAGCACGUCCGCAUCGGCAUGGGUGCGCUCAGAGCCUCGCUCGAGGCCCUCUACAAGGCCGUCACCGGGAAGGAACUGACCACCAUCGCGUUCGGCAAGCCCCAACUCGGCACGUACGAGUUCGCAACCCGCCUCCUCCGCCAAUGGCGCAAGGAUACCCACGGCAUCGACAAGCCCCCUUCCACCGUCUACUUUGUCGGAGACACCCCCGAGUCCGACAUCCGCGGCACCAACGACUUCGACCGCAUCAGCGACUCCAACUGGUUCUCCAUCCUUGUCAAGACGGGCGUGUACCAGGAAGGGACCAUCCCGCGGUAUCCGCCCAAGAAGACCUGUGAUAAUGUGCUCGAGGCCGUCAAGUUCGCCACGAACCGCGAGAUGUCGAAGAUGGUCGAUGAGUCUGCCAUUGCCGAUGAGGACGUUGAUUCCGGGAUUGACUCGGAGUCAGCCGCGGCGCAAUAG